AUGAGAAAUAGCAGUGGUUUGAACGUCGAUGCGGAUCCAUUCGAGCAGAAUCAUCAUUCUGACGUUCCAUCAGAAGCACCGUCUCACGAACUAAGUAGAAGUCAGCUUGCAGCGAGGCAUGCAGUGGCAAAGGAACUGCCCAUCUUCACUGGCAAUCCUGAGGAGUGGCCUCUGUUUAUCGCCACUUAUGAAAGCACCACCAAGAUGUGCGGUUUUAGUGACGAAGAAAAUCUGCUCAGACUUCAGCUAUCUUUAAAAGAUAAAGCUCUCGAGGUGGUAAGAAGCCGAUUGCUAUAUCCAGCUGGGCUUGAAGGUGUUAUUCAUACGCUACGUACGCUAUUCGGUCGUCCAGAGAUUAUCGUACACUCGCUAGUGUGCAAGAUUCGGGAGAUGCCUGCACCGAAGACGGAGAAAUUGGAAACUCUGAUUGAUUUCGGUGUCGCAGUCCAGAACAUGUGUGCAACGAUAGUGGCUUGCGGAUUGAACGAGCAUCUGUGCAAUGUAGCACUUCUCCAAGAGCUUGUUGAAAGAUUACCACCAACCAUUAGGCUCGAUUGGGCGAAACACCGACAAUCUUUACAAGGAAUCACACUGUCAGACUUCAGUACCUGGUUGGGUACGCUUGUGGAAGCAGCAUGUGUAGUUACGGUUCCGUCGUCAAUUAGUAUAUACACCGGCAAACCAGAGAAGCGUAGUCGAAAGGAAGAGGUCCACGUUCAUCUCGAAACCAGUUCUGGUCAGGCAUCGAGCUCAAUAGAGUCUCCGAAAUCAUACAACAAGCAGUGUGUAAUUUGUCUAGGGGGAUGCAGCAGUGUAGCCUCGUGUAAGAAGUUCCAAGAACUAGGUGUCGGGGCACGAUGGACGGCACUAAAGCAGAACAAACUCUGCAGGAAGUGCCUGGUUAAGCAUUUCGGAGCCUGUUCAGUGAAAGAAGCUUGUGGAAGAAACGGUUGUUCGUACAUGCAUCACAAACUGCUACACGAUGAUUUCAGAUACCAGCGAAAUGAGAGCACACAAAUAUCGAUUCCUCGAGCUGGUGCAGAGACGCCUAACGAAAUUUGCAACACCCACGUCAACAAAGUUAGCAAGGUUCUUUUUCGAUACAUCCCAGUGCUUCUUCAUGGGCGAGGAAAGACUGUGCGCAUCUUUGCCUUUUUAGAUGAGGGUUCAUCAGUAACGCUGAUGGAACAUAGCUUACUGAAGGAACUUAAUAUUGAAGGCAAACCGCAUCCCUUGUGCCUUGGUUGGACGGCAGAUCAUCAGCGCCAGGAAACGAACUCCGUGGUGCUGCCAUUGCAGAUUUCUGGAACAAACGAUUCGAGCAGAUACCGGAUUUCUAAAGUGCACACAGUACAGAGUCUCGCUUUACCUCGUCAAACUCUCGCGAUGAAGGAACUAGAGCAACAUUAUCAACACUUGGAAAAUUUGCCGGCUGACUCCUACCGCAAUAUUCGACCGCAGAUACUGAUAGGAAUGGACAACUGCCGGUUGGGUCACGCGCUAGAUAGCAGAGAAGGAGGAUUCAACGAACCAAUCGCCACCAGAACGCUUUUGGGCUGGACAGUAUUCGGCCCCUGCUCUAUGGCACCACAAUCAGAGACGGACUUUACAGCACACCACAGCUUUCAUGUGUGCCCGUGUUGCGAGCGGAACGAUGCCGAACUACAUGGUGCGAUGAAAGCAUACUUCUCAUUAGACAGCGUUGGAGUAAUGAAUCCUAUCAAACCACCUUUGUCGAAAGACGAUGCACGAGCGAAGCAGCUGCUAGAUUCUCUGACACACGUGAAGGAAAAACAAUACGAAACAGGACUGCUGUGGCGGUAUGACGAUGUCCGACUACCGGACAGUAAAAUGAUGGCCAUGCGACGACUGAUAUGUUUGGAGAAGCGAAUGCAGCGCGAACCGGAACUAGCUGAGGUGUUGAAGCAAAAAAUCAGAGAUUACGAGUGCAGCGGAUAUAUUGAGAAACUGAAUAAAAGUCACCUGUCGAAAGAAUUUCCACGAGUCUGGUAUCUUCCCAUAUUCCCCGUCGUGAAUCCUAACAAACCAGGGAAACUUCGCAUAGUAUGGGACGCAGCUGCAAAGGUUGCAGGAGUAUCUCUUAACACUUUCCUGCUAACUGGUCCGGAUCAACUUAGUUCUCUUCCCUCUGUCCUACGCCGUUUCCGAGAAUAUCGAGUUGCCGUUACAGGUGAUAUUCGGGAAAUGUUCCACCAAAUUUCGGUGAACAGGAACGACCAACAAUGUCAGAGGUUUCUGUGGCGUGAUGGUGAGCAAGAUCGUAGUCCAGACGUCUACGCAAUGAAAGUGAUGACAUUCGGGGCUAGCUGUUCACCGAGCUGCGCGCAGUAUGUGAAGAAUCAUAAUGCGCAACGAUUCCAGAAACAGUUUCCGAGGGCGGCUGAGGCGGAGAAAGUUCUCGGCAUGUGGUGGUGCACUGCUACGGAUACGUUUACAUUCAAAGUAUCGCCGCGAAUUAGCUCCGACUUACUCCAAGCUCGUAUAAUACCAACCAAGAGGCAGGUCUUGAGUACUCUGAUGAUGAUCUACGACCCCCUGGGAUUAUUGGCACACUUCCUAAUGUUCCUCAAAAUACUACUUCAGGAAAUCUGGCGAAGUGGCGUUAAUUGGGACGAUCAGAUUAAGUCCGAGCAGCACGAGAAGUGGAAAACCUGGUUGCGAGUCCUCCCGCAGGUAGAAAAUGUCAAGGUACCGAGGUGCUAUCGAAUAAAGACCGGCGUAGGAGAGCAGAACGUGAUACAACUUCAUGUGUUCGUAGACGCGUCGGAGAAUGGGUAUGCUGCUGUUGCGUAUCUGCGGUUUGAGGAGAAUGGUGAAGUGGAGUGUGCGCUUAUCGGAGCGAAGGCACGGGUAGCCCCAUUGCGGUUCGUGUCAAUUCCAAGAUUGGAACUUCAAGCAGCGAUAAUUGGAGCGCGUUUGGCGAACGAUGUCAUGGAGACACACAAGCUUAAACCCACCCAAAGAUUCUUCUGGUCGGACUCACGUGAUGUUCUCUGCUGGAUUAACUCUGAUCACCGAAAAUACAGCCAGUUCGUAGCAGUGCGAGUCAGUGAAUUAUUGGAGAUGACUGAACCGAACGAGUGGAACUGGAUUCCGUCAAAAUUAAACGUAGCGGAUGACGCCACAAAGUGGCAGAAACUUCCAGAUUUGUCACCUGAAAGUCGAUGGUUCCGCGGCCUGGAAUUUUUGUGGAUGUCGAGAAAUCAGUGGCCUGUCACAAUGUCGCCAAUCGGACAAACUGAAGAAGAAAAGCGUCUACAUGUGCUCCAUCACUCUGUACAGCGUUCUCUAUUUCGGUGGGAAGAUUUCUCCAAGUGGAAUAAGUUGAUGCGUGUCGUAGCGUUUGUUAAAAGAUAUCCAGCGAAUCUCAUCAGGAAACUGGCAGGAAAGCCCAUUGCCACCGGUCCACUGACUCAACUGGAGCUUAAGGAGGCAGAGCUGUUUAUUCUGAAGCAAGCGCAAGAUGCUGAGUUUGCUGCAGACAUAGAGCGACUGAAGAAACCGAACCCUGUGCCGUGGAAACGAGUGAUAUCAAAGAGUAGCACUCUAUACGGUCUCAGUCCCACGCUGGAUGAAGAUGGACUGCUGCGAAUGAAAGGUCGUAUAGACGCUUGCGAAUUUGCAGAGGAGUGUACCAAGCGCCCGAUACUGCUGCCGAAACGUCACCCAAUAACAGAUCUCAUCAUCAUGAGCAUCCAUCAGCAAUAUUGCCACAUGAAUCACCAAACCGUGCUCAACGAAGUGCGCCGUAGAUUCUACGUACCUCAGCUCCGUUCUGUGUACCGUCAGGUACGAAAUCACUGUCAACUCUGCAAGAACCGUCAAGCGAAGCCGGCUGCACCAGAAAUGUCUGCUCUUCCGCCUACGCGAUUGAAGGCCUUCUGUCGUCCGUUCUCUUAUGUCGGCAUCGAUUACUUUGGGCCAAUGUCCGUAGUUGUCGGCCGGAGGACUGAAAAACGGUGGGGUGUGUUAAUCACCUGCCUGACCGUACGAGCAAUACAUCUAGAGGUGGCUCACAGCCUUACAACUGACUCGUGCAUUCUCGCUAUCAGAAACUUCAUUGCCAGAAGAGGCACUCCGGUAGAAAUAAUCAGCGACCGCGGAACCAACUUUAUCGGUGCUAGCCGAGAACUUAAAGAAGCGCUGCAGCAAGUAAAUCAGGACCAAAUGAUGAAACAUUUCGUCACCACCGAAACAAAGUGGUCGUUCAAUCCUCCCGCAUCUCCGCACUUCGGUGGAGCUUGGGAACGCCUUGUUCAAACCGUCAAAAAGGCCCUCAAACACACCCAACUCACACGCACACCCACCGAUGAGAUACUGAGGAAUAUGCUAAGUGAGGUCGAAUUAAUCGUUAACUCUCGACCGCUGCUAGAAUUGCCGCAAGACGACGAACUGUCAUCUGCGCUAACCCCGAAUCAUUUUCUGCUCGGGUCAUCAGACGGUUCUAAGCCCCCGAUCGCUUUCGACGACAGUAGCUAUGCACUGAAACAAAGUUGGAAGAUGUCGCAGGUUUACGCUAACAGAUUCUGGCGACGUUGGGUUGCUGAAUAUCUACCAUCCCUGACCCGAAGGACGAAAUGGUUUCAACGUGUUAAACCUGUAGCUGAAGGAGACAUUGUUGUCAUCGUGGAUGAAACCUUACCGAGAAACUGCUGGCCGAAAGGUCGAGUGGUUCGUGCAAUCCAGUCCAAGGACGGACAGGUUCGUAGAGCUCUCGUGCAGACCACUACUGGAGUCCUGGAGAGACCAGCAGUGAAGCUCGCAGUUUUGGACGUUGGUGCAACCGGGCUGUUUGUCAAGCGACUUCCGGAGGAUCUGCCCACUCCGAAACGACGUCGCGAGAAUAAUGCUAAAAUUCGUGCCAUUGCAGAAGCUGUCUUUGGUACUAGAGCCAUUCAGCGGGAAAUCAGAACAAAUGCGGAUGAGCGGGAGCAGUUUUGGGUCUAUUUGAGCCGUCUUGACCCGAGCCAGACAGUGGAGGAAAUGGUUGCCAUGACCCAAGAAUGCCUUGGAAUAAGCGAUGCACCCAAAGCAAUUUUGUUCGUCAAGAAGGAUACCGAUCUCACGAAACUCAACUUCGUUUCUUUCCGAGUUGAACUUCCGAACGAACUAAAGGACGCUGCACACAAAGCGUCUACUUGGCCGACUGGAGUACUCGUUUGGGAAUUUAAUUUCGACCAGCCAAAGCAGGAUAGAUUUCGCUAA